CUUCCGAAAAAAAUACACAUGUGUUAGUAAACUAAACUGUGAAAAAAACUAAAAUAGAAGAAAAUCAUGGCAGAAGACUUCGCAGAAGACCUUUUUAAUGUGUUUGACCAGGAUACAGCAACUAAAGUAUCCCCUUUAGAGAGUUCAAUUAACGAUAAAUCUGAUGAACAAAGGACUGAUAAUUUACUGCAGAGCAUUGUUGGAACAAAGAGACCAGCAAAUUCUGUUGAUGUAGAGGAAGAUAAUGAAGAACCAAAAAUGAAAAAGAUCAAGAGUUUAGCUGAUGAUGCAGGCUCUACAGAAGUAAUGCCAAGAAUUCAGGUCCACACAGUAGAGACUGCAGAGGCUUGUCUUCAUGAGGUUGCAUUACCCCCAGAUGCUGAGUUUGUGCCUUUAACUAAGAUGCCAGAUACCUUGGCCAAAGAGUACCCCUUCAUUUUAGAUCCUUUUCAGAAAGAGGCUUUAUUAUGCUUAGAAAACAACCAAUCAGUUCUAGUAUCAGCCCACACAUCUGCUGGGAAAACAGUUGUGGCAGUGUAUGCCAUAGCCAUGUCAUUACAACAGAAGCAGAGAGUGAUAUAUACAACACCAAUCAAAGCUUUAAGUAACCAGAAAUAUCGAGAGUUGUAUGAGGAGUUCCAGGAUGUUGGUCUGAUGACAGGUGAUGUUACCAUUAACCCUACAGCCAGUUGUCUUAUAAUGACUACAGAGAUUUUGAGAAGUAUGUUAUACAGAGGAUCAGAGAUUAUGAGAGAAGUGGCAUGGGUUAUCUUUGAUGAGAUACAUUACAUGAGAGAUAAAGAGAGAGGAGUUGUAUGGGAGGAAACCAUUAUAUUAUUACCAGAUAAUGUCCAUUAUGUAUUUCUGUCGGCCACCAUACCAAACGCUAGACAGUUUGCUGAAUGGAUAUGUCAUUUACAUAAACAGCCAUGUCAUGUAGUAUAUACAGAUUACAGGCCCACACCAUUACAGCAUUACAUAUUCCCUGCUGGUGGAGAUGGAAUACAUUUAGUGGUAGAUGAAAAUGGAGAGUUUAGAGAAGAGAAUUUUAACACAGCAAUGUCUGUGCUAAGAGAUUCUGGUGAUGCUGCAAAGGGUGACCAGAGGGGAAGAAGAGGAGGUUUUAAAGAUAAUGAGUCAAAUUGUUACAAAAUAAUAAAGAUGAUAAUGGAAAGAAAUUUUGCUCCAGUGAUUGUGUUCAGCUUCAGUAAGAAAGAUUGUGAAGCGUAUGCAUUGCAGAUGUCCAAGUUAGAUUUUAAUACAGAGGAAGAGAAAGGUCUUGUGGAUGAGGUGUUUAAUAAUGCUAUAGAUGCUUUAUCAGACGAAGAUAAGAAACUACCUCAGGUAGAGGCAGUGUUACCUCUGUUGAGGAAAGGUAUAGGUAUACAUCAUGGUGGAUUGUUACCUCUGUUGAAAGAAACCAUAGAAAUCCUCUUCUCUGAAGGAUUAUUAAAGGCCUUAUUUGCUACUGAAACCUUUGCCAUGGGAUUGAACAUGCCUGCCAGGACAGUAUUGUUUACAAGUGCUAGGAAGUUUGAUGGUAAAGACUUCAGAUGGGUAACAUCUGGAGAGUAUAUACAAAUGAGUGGUCGAGCAGGAAGAAGAGGUAUUGAUGACAGAGGUAUUGUUAUCUUAAUGGUUGAUGAAAAAAUGAGCCCUCAAGCUGGUAAACAGAUUGUCAAGGGUCUGCCAGAUUACCUAAACUCAGCAUUUCAUCUGACCUACAACAUGGUGUUGAACUUGUUACGAGUGGAAGAAAUAAAUCCAGAAUAUAUGUUGGAGAGAUCUUUUUAUCAGUUCCAGAAUUAUGCAGCAAUACCUGAUUUGUUUGAUAAACUUCGAAGAAUGGAAGUGAAAUAUGGCGCAAUUGAAGUACCUAAUGAAGACCAUGUGUCAGCAUAUUAUAAAAUCCGUCAACAGUUAGACAACUUAGGCAGUGAUUUACUGACAUUUAUACAGAAACCACAAUAUUUACUCCCUUUCUUACAGCCUGGUAGGCUUGUGAAGAUUAAGAAUGGAAAUGAUGAUUUUGGUUGGACAGUUGUAGUAAAUAUUCAGAAAAAGUCUAACCAGAGCAAGAGUACACAAGAUUCCGGUCCUGUAUAUGUAGCUGAAGUGUUAGCACAUCUUACUAAAGAAUGUGCAAGAAGUAGGAACUCAGCAAAUAUCAAACCAUGCCCUGCUGGUGAAAGAGGAGAAAUGCAGGUUAUUCCAGUAUUGUCACAUUUAAUACAACAAAUAAGUGCUGUCAGAUUAUACAUACCACAAGAUUUACGUCCCAUUGAUAACAGACAAAGUGUGCUGAAGUCAAUACAGGAAGUGGAAAAGAGAUUUCCAGAUGGAGUACCAUUGAUUGAUCCUAUAGAAGAUAUGGGUAUAAAAGAAAAAGGUCUGAAAGAAUGUGUCAAGAAAAUAGAGGCAUUUGAACACAGGAUGUACUCCCAUCCUUUACACAAAGACCCUAAAUUAGAGGAAUUAUAUCAGCUGUAUGAGAGAAAAGCUAGGGUUGGUGCUGACAUAAAAAACUUAAAGACAGAAUUAAAAAAGAAGAAAUCAUUAUUACAAAUGGAUGAACUGAAAUGUAGAAAGAGAGUAUUAAGAAGAUUGGGAUACUGCACAGCAUCAGAUGUUAUAGAAAUGAAAGGGAGAGUAGCUUGUGAAAUCAGCAGUGGUGAUGAGUUAUUAAUGACAGAAUUGUUGUUCAAUGGUGUAUUUAAUGAUCUGUCAGUACAGCAGUGUUGUGCUUUAGUCAGCUGUUUUGUGUUUGAUGAAAAAGCUAAUGAAAUGCCUAAAUUAACAGAAACAUUAUCAGGGCCUCUUAGAAUCAUGCAAGAUACUGCAAGAAGAAUAGCUCGUGUGAGUAGGGAAGCUAAGAUUGAUGUUGAUGAGGAACAAUAUGUAGAAUCAUUCAGACCCCACAUGAUGGAUAUUGUAAAUGCUUGGUGUAAUGGCUGUACCUUUGGACAGAUUUGUAAAAUGACUGAAGUAUUUGAAGGCAAUAUUAUCCGUUGUAUGAGACGAUUAGAGGAAACCUUACGACAAAUGUGUCAAGCUUCUAAAGCUAUAGGUAAUACAGAGCUGGAAAAUAAAUUUGCUGAAGGAAUUAGGAGGAUAAAAAGAGACAUUGUGUUUGCAGCAAGUUUAUAUUUGUGAUACUUCUCUCUAUUGGUCACAGAAGAAUAAGAUCUCAGGCAGAUACUACCAUCAGUAUGGCCAGUUACAUGUCAUCCUUUAUAAGCAUGGAAGUUGAAAAAUUCACAUAGUGAAUUGUCCUAACUGUACAAACAUCAUUUGACAUGAAUAAUUUGUAAAUGGCAUGAGUCUGAAUAAGUUGCAGUCAACACAUGUGUAUAACUUUAUGUCUGUUUACGUUGAUAACAUUUACCAAAAUAAGAACUACAACUGUGAAAUCACAAAAUUGUUGAUUAAUUUUGAAAUAUUAUACAGGUUUCCUUGUUUUUAGAAAAACCAGGAAUUAUUUGCAAGGGAGGUUCUGUUUUGAUUUUAAUGUGCGCAUAUCGUUUAAUAUCAUUACUUUAACAGUAGUCAUCAAUAUAUCAAUAUGAAGAAACAUAUUAUUUAUGGUAAUAAUUACAAUGUGUAAACUGCUAUUCUAUUUUAACUGCAAUUUCUUAGAAUAUCAUCAUGAGACCUAUCAGGGUCUUGAAAAGACUGACAGUAAUGAUGUCAGACAAAUUUUCCAUUACAAAACAUGUUUAAUGCAAAGAAAUGUUAGAGACAUACAUGUACAUACUUGAAAGUAAUUUGUUAUGAAUAAAAUUUGUUGAAUGUUAAGUUUUUGUGAGUUCUGUUAUCCGUCUCUUUUUGGCCAGAUUGGAUGAAGUCCAACACCAGCUUAUGUUAUGGUGAUGUUAGUUGGGUAGGGAAAAGUUGGUACCUCAUUUGUGUAUUCAACUCCUCCUACAGUUUUCAACCCAGAUCCCUGAAACCUCACAGGAAGAUUGCAUAUAUGUUGAAGUGGUGCACCAGUAAUUAUGAAAUUAUUUAGUUUUUUUUUUUUUCUCAUUUUUCCAGAUUUUUGAACUUACUAAUUUUUUAGCAAAAUUUGACAACUAUUUUGCAAAUUGUAUUGUGAUGUUAUCAUCUAACUUCAAGCAUCUAACAUGUCCAUUUAUCUAUCAUUGUUCAUUUAUUUACUUAUUUGAAUCUUAGUAUUUAAUGACUGGAUUUUGAUGAAAGGAUCUAACAGACUAUUAAUUUGUAUGGAUGAUAAUAAGUAGAUUCACAAGAUUUAAAAAUUGAAUAAACCAGAAAUAGCCUUAUCACUGUCAAACUACAUGUACCUGAUACAACUAAUGUUAUGGAGCAAAUUUAGUUUCUUACAAAAGUGGCCAUGUGAGCUUUUGUCACCCAUCCAUUGACAUGUUUUCCACUAAGGAAAACUCUAAAAGCUAAGAGUAUUUGUUGGCCAAAAAAAAUUAUAAAAUAAGGAACCUUGUCUCAUAAAAAUCAUGGUAUGCAACUAAUGGAGAAAUAUGAUAUCUGGAGAGGGAAUUUGGACUACCAUACGUUCGUGCAUAGGAUGGUGCUGUGUUGUAUUAUUAUUUAUUUUAAGAAACAAUGAUAAUAUUCUAAAAUCCUAGAAAUUUUUUUCAAUUUUAAGUUUCUUUGCCAAAUAGUGUAAAUAACACAAAAUGAAAUUUUUUAGUACUGUUUUUUAAGUUGUUUUAUUUAAAUAGCUUUGUAACCAAGUUGGUUACAAUGUAUGGCACACAUACUUGUAGAUAUUCAUUUUAUCAUACUGUACAUAUUAUUAUUGGAACAAAUAAAAUAAUAUAGAAUAUCAACAA